AAUCUUCUGUUUUAUAUUUCAGGACAUGAAUGGACAGGUGAAGGAAAGAUGUCCUCGGCUCUGUGUUUUAAAGAAAGGACCCAAUGGCUACGGAUUCAACCUUCACAGCGAGAAGUCUCGGCCUGGACAGUACAUCCGCUCUGUAGACCCCGGUUCUCCAGCAGCCAAGGCCGGACUGAGACCACAGGACCGACUGGUGGAGGUAAACGGACAGAACGUGGACGGCGUGAAGCAUUCCGAGGUGGUAGCGAACAUAAAAUCCAAAGACAACGAGACAACGUUACUGGUGGUGGAUCUAGAAACAGAUGAAUACUUCAAGAAGUUGGGGGUCACUCCGACCGAAGCUCACAUCAAAGGAGGUGUAAUCCCCCAGUCACUGACCAAUGGAGUGAGCAAAACACAGCUCAACGGAGGCUCCUCCACUUCCUCCUCUCACAGUGAUUUGCAGAGCCCCGAUAAAGACUCACAGGCCGGUGACCUGAUCCGAAAAGACCCCUUUGAAGAGAGUGGCCUACGUCUCAGCCCCACGGCGGCCGAAGCUAAAGAAAAGGCCCGCUCGAAGAGAGCCAACAAACGAGCUCCCCAAAUGGACUGGAGCAAGAAACACGAAAUUUUCAGCAACUUCUGAUCCUCCCUCUCGGCACACGAACGGUCGGGACGAGAGCGGGGCGCAGGACUCAAACCCCUUUCUCCCCACUAAACACUGCGCGUUAACCGGAGGGCGCAGAUUAAAACCAACUAACAAGAGGUCGUCACCAAACCUAUAUCUGUUUAACCAUUUCAGCUCGGUGGCAUUUUACGGCAUAUUAUGUUGACUUACAUAGUGCCAGGCCACAUAUUAUACCCACACCAGCAUCGGAGGAUGGAUUUGCCCAUGGUGCGCUAUUUGCGGGCAUUACUGAGUCAUGGGCGUACCCGGGGGCUCGAAGGAAAAGUCUUAACUCCUGACUGGAAUUUAGACAGAAAAAGCAAUGGACAACAUUGGACAACAGUUCUCCAUUGCUAAACCAGCAGGGUCCUGGCAGCCGCAUCGUCCUCCUCCUCCUGUGUUUAUAAGACUGUUUCCUCAUCCUGUCCUGCGGUCCCACCAAGGUAUAGGAUGUAGGAUUUCCUCCGCCAGGGACCACCGCUAGCAAAGCACUUAGGAGAUCAUCACCUGGAGGCAGAGUGCCCUCUGAUUCACGUCCACCCUGCAGACCCCGACAAGCUAGACGUAGGUGUCAUCCACGAAGAAGCAUAUUCUCAGUAGAUAAGAUUGCACAAUUUCUUCCAGACACAGGGCUUUGUUAACACUUUUGCUGCCAACUCCUCCUGGUAAUGGAAACCAGUACACGGUCGUCCUGCUGACAGCAGUUUAUAGCGCCGUCAAUACGUCUUCGUGAUUAUCCAUUGCAUUUAGUGCACAGGAGGGUUGGGGGAGGGGGGGGGGGGCACAGUUUGGGCCUCAUGUGGAAUAAGGCAGAGUGUUGCAUGUCAGGCCGUCCCCAGGGGGUCACACAUUCCUCGCUGCGGCCCAGAACCGCUGGCGCUCUCUUACCCAAUCGAUGUGCACAUGGUUUGAGUUAAGUGAAAAAAAAAAUAACAAAAGCUCAAAAUCAAGUCAAUCAGCCCCGGAGAUUCGGAGUAAGUGUCCCCAGGCCUUGCAUAGAUGCAGAUAUUAUGGAAGUGAGACAUGCAUGUCGCCUAUAGAAGUGAUAGGCUAAACGCCAAACUACCAGACAUCACCCCCCAUCAGUCUUGUAGAUCGGGGGUGAUCAAACUACAACUCCCCGCAUGCCCUAAUAGCUGUAGGCUGUCCAGGCAUACUAGGAGUUGUAGUUUUGCAACAGCUGGAGGUCCGCAGGUUGGGCAUCCCUGUUAUAAAUGAUCAGCCAUUUCCCCCAGGGCACAAGCCUGCGUACUGGGGCAAAUGACCAUUAUGAUUCACGGCGGGUUGGUCAGCUCUACCCCUGAAAGGUAUAAAGAUUGUUUUUCCCAUACUAAGGGAAGCCCCCCCCAAAUCAAAUGAAGUGCUUCCUCCCUCCCCCACUCUAGAUCGUCUUUAAGGGUAGGUUCACACAGAGGUUUUUUGGAGGAGGUUUUUUGAGGCAGCUUUUUAGUCAAAGUCAGAAAUGGAUCCAGCCGGAGUACAAGUCAUUCCUCUUUAUUUUCGAUUCCUUUCGAACCCACCUUUGGUUGAAAAACCUCCCCCAAAAAGUGUGAACCUCCCCUAAAGGCACUAAGAUC